AAUAAUCGAUUUCAUAUGGCUAAUUGGAGAGGGCAGUUGCAUUCAUUAAAAUCCAUUGCAAAUAAUUCCUUCCCCGAAAUAAAAGUACAUUUCAAAAGUCGCGUAUUCUAUUCAACAUCUAAUUGUUGUUGCACAGGUGUUUUCAAAGAGCCAACCGGCUUGAGGAGGACAAGCGCAAAAAAACAUUCAACAAGUUAUACUCAAAUAAUUGUGAAUAUGGACUCAUCAAAUGUAGGCCAGAUGGCCACUGACAUGAAGACUCUGGAAUCCCGACGAAAUCUUUUAAAGGGAUCUAUGAUGCGAAUUAUGCAGUUUGCCAAAGAUCCUUCCAGUAACCACACAACUGAUCACAUCGAAACUCGCCUAAAUCGCUUGGAAGAUAUUUGGCGUGAGUUGUCUCAAAUAACCGAAAAUCUGUACAAAUUCCAACAUGUCGAAAAUUAUGUGGAUCCCAGUGAGGAAUUUUACGAAUAUGAAGAUUUAUAUAUGGAAACAAAACUGUUGCUCAAGUCUUUGUUGCCGAAACCACAAGAAACGAAUAAGGCCGUAGAUCAGCAGCAAACCGAUUUAAUCAAACAAUUAAUGGAUCGCUUGAAUAUGAUGGAGUCGUCAUCAUCAUCGCCACGUAACUCAUCUCAGAAAACCGUAAAAAAGCCUGAAGAUGAUUUCCCAAAAGUAGCAAUUGAACCAUUUUCCGGAGCCUAUAAGGACUGGCCUCUAUUUGAAAAACUCUUUACAACUGCCCUUGAGACCAAACCCCAUUGGCAAGGCAGAGAAAAAAUGAAUUACUUAAAAUCAUUACUGCGCGGAGCGGCUGCCAAUUUAAUUCAAUGUGUGCCAUCGUCAAAUGAUAGCUAUGAAACGGCCUGGAAACGCCUCAAGGAACAGUUUGAUCGACCACUCUACGUGGUCCAUGCUCACAUUGAGCAGUUUAUGAACAUACCGAAAAUGAAGUAUGGAAUUGAAAGUGAUUUACGUAGGGUAGCUACCGAUGCUAGCGCUAUAAUAGAUGCUCUGGAUGCAAUAAAACAAAAUGAGCGUGAUCAGUGGCUUAUCUACAUACUUAUGAGCAAAUUGGAUGCCGAAAUUUGCCACAGAUGGUUGUCCCAAAGUCCCAGAGAAGAGAAGCAAACAUUAAAAACAUUCUUUAAGUUCUUGAAUGAGUGCGCAAGAGAUAUGGUGGACAUUAGGGAUUAUUAUAAGCCACAACAUCACUUCAAACCCCAUCCGAUUAAUGGCGGUAAACCAUUGCCUUGUGUACAAAACAAUACGACAUCCUCACCUACUCCUAGUGUGCAAAGCACACGAACUGAUAUUAAAAAUGUCAAAAGAUAUCACAGUAACAGGGGGAGAAGAUACAAUGGAAACCGGUCUGGACAAAAUGCAAGAAAUGCUAACGCAACAGUAAACAAUGCGCAACCAAGUAAUGCGAAUGAGGGUAAAGACCAAUCGAAUGUAAAUCAAAGUGGUUACCGUAAUCCGUUUAGAACCAAUUCCCAAAAUACUGGUAACUUCAAUCAAAACAACAACAAAGCAAGUGCAUUUCCUAAUACGACUGCCAAUGUGAUUCCGAAACCAGCGCAGGCAGGCUAUGUUCAAAGCAAUACCAUUCCCAGCAACCAUACUCAAAGUUCGGUGACCAACCAUCAAAUUGCAAUGUUAUCAAAUUCCAAUAAGAACACCGGGGCCAUUCCCAAACAGCACAAAACACCAUCUAACCAAGUCUCAGCUUCAGCUGCCAAAUUAAAUGUUGGAAUUUCGCAAGCAACUUCAAAUCAGUCAAAAUCUACAACUCCUCAAGUCUCAGCUGUUUCUGCUAAAACAAAUGAUGGGGUUGGGCAAACAAAUGUAAACCAAGCAAAAUCUGCAAUUCCUCAAGCCACGGCAUCGGAUUCUACAACAAAUGAUGGAGUUGCUCAAACUAAUGUAAACCAAACAAAGUCUGUAACUACUCAUUCCUCGGCAUCGGAUGCUAAGAAAAAUGAUGACUUUUUUAAAACAGCUUUAAAUCAAGCAAAAUCUAUAAUUGACCAAAGCUCGGCUUCUAAAGCAAUGGGCUCGCCAAUAGCUUCAAGCAAAGUCAAUGAGCAAUCAGCUCUAGCAUUGCCCAAAAGCGAGGAUUUUUCAGCUACAAAGGACAAAUCUAAUCCCGACUCUACCCUUGAAGUUGAAGCCGCUUCUGAAGAAAAUGCAAAAAAUCAUGUCCCAACCUCUUCAACUCCACUCCCACCACCACCUGCUGGAAUACCUUUUGAUCCUAUAUUAUUAGAAAUAUUAAAAUGCAUGGACGCCAAGGGCAAUGUAGGAGAAGUUGUUUCAAAUCUGGCCUCAGAGCCCUCAAAUCGAGACAACACCCUUGAACUAUUGAAAAAAAUGUUAGCACAGAUAGAAGAAAUGAAAAAGCCUUCUAGCGAUUAUGUUGUAGAACCCAUAUAAUUAAAUCUAACAAAAUGCAAUGUUAUGACAGAGUCAGACCAUGAAGAUUUAGAUUUUCUAUUAUUCUAUUAUUUAUCGCAAUUAUUUAAGCUCGAAGUUAAGUUCAAAAUAAUUUUGGAGCUUAACGAGAAUUAAAAUCGUUUUUGACCCGCAUUUAGAAAACAUA